GAACCACGUCCAAGAAGACCACAUCCCUUUUUUGCUUCUCAAGUCCAGUUCGUUUGUUCAAAUCCCCAAAUCCCACCCCGAGCGUUUGGGGGUCUAUAUAAACUGCCUCAGUCAGUAAAAAAAAUUAAACGAAAGGGGUGUCAGAACGAGAAGAGCCAUGGCAUCUUUGGGGCUGCAGAUUUUAGGAGUUGCCCUGUCCUCUGUUGGGUUACUUGGGUCUAUCAUGACCUGCGUCCUUCCAAUGUGGAGGGUUACAGCUUUCAUCGGCAACAACAUCGUGACGGCGCAGAUCAUUUGGGAGGGACUGUGGAUGUCCUGUGUGGUUCAGAGCACUGGACACAUGCAGUGCAAAGUGUACGAUUCAUUACUCGCCCUGUCCUCGGACCUGCAAGCCGCGCGCGCUUUGCUCGUCCUCUCCAUCGUGCUCUCUGUCUUCGGCAUUCUCCUGGCGGUCGUAGGAGGCAAGUGCACCACCUGCAUCGAGAACAAAACCACCAAGGCAAGAGUUGUCAAGCUAAUAGACACUCCAACAAACAGCCGCUACAUCCUGGUCAAACCAAGACUGUAA